GGAGGUGGCUCGGAGACGUAAUGCAGGUUGAUUGGCAUUCAGGACACAGACACCCGGGAUUAGCUUCCCGUCUCGUCAAUCCAGAGGCAGGGGUGGGACGUUGCAAACUCAGAGAAUUGGGUUUGGCUGGCCUAGAUUUAAAGAGACAGAAGCUGUCGGGGACCUACAAGACGGCCCCCAAUACUCACCACCCUAAGUCCUAGGGACCGCUUGGGUCCCCACACCCUGGGCUAUGGUUUGCGGAGGCUUUGCCUGCUCCAAGAAUGCGCUGUGCGCGCUCAACGUGGUGUACAUGCUUGUGGGCUUGCUGCUGAUCGGAGUGGCCGCCUGGGGUAAGGGCCUGGGGCUGGUGUCCAGCAUCCACAUCAUCGGAGGAGUCAUCGCCGUGGGGGUCUUCCUCCUCCUCAUUGCAGUGGCUGGCCUGGUAGGUGCUGUCAACCACCACCAGGUCCUGCUGUUCUUUUACAUGAUCAUCCUUGGUUUGGUGUUCAUCUUUCAGUUUGGAAUCUCCUGCUCAUGUCUGGCUAUUAACCGAAGCAAACAGACAGAUGUCAUCAAUGCUUCGUGGCGGGUCAUGAGCAACAAAACCCGGCACGAACUGGAAAGAAGUUUGGACUGUUGUGGUUUGUUCAACCUCACGGCUACAUCCCAAGAUGACGGUUCCUGCAAUGCAGUCUGCAGGCAUAGGAGCACCAUUUGCCCCACGUGUGGAGAGAAACUUCUUAAGCAUUCGGAUGAAGCCCUGAAAAUUCUGGGGGGCGUCGGACUAUUCUUCAGCUUUACAGAGAUCCUGGGUGUCUGGCUAGCAAUGAGAUUUCGGAAUCAGAAGGAUCCUCGGGCCAACCCCAGUGCCUUUCUAUGAGAAAGACCCUCCUGGCUUUGCUCCUGUCUUUU